AUGGUAACGCAUCAAUUCUUUUUUGUAGAUGCUGCAAACUGCAGCGAUGUGAAUCCUGCCUACUGUUCCGGUGUUUACAGAGUGACCUUGACCUCAGGGUUGAGUAUCGAUGUUUAUUGUGAUAUGAACACAGACGAAGGACCGUGGACCGUAAUACAGAACAGACAAGACGGACAGGUGGACUUCUACAGGAACUGGACUGACUACAAGACAGGUUUUGGCGACUUGAACGGAAACUUCUGGGCAGGACUUGAUGUGAUCCAUCUCCUCACUCAAACUAUUUCUACGCUACGUAUCGAGUUAGUCUCCUGGCACGGCGAUACAGCGUACGCCCAGUACUCAUUCUUUAGGAUUGCGGACGAGUCUUCAAAAUAUCGACUGUCGGUAUCGGGGUUUUCGGGCAAUGUUUCCUAUGAUGCCAUGGCGUACCAUAACGGGUUCCAGUUCACCACAGAAGACAAUGACAACAGCGCCAUAGGCUAUUGCGCCUUAAGUGCUUCAGGCGCUUGGUGGUACAAGUCUUGUUACGACAGUAAUCUGAACGGACCAUACCUGCCCGAUACUAGAGAUAUUUAUAAGUCGAUGGCGUGGUACCGAUUCUAUACUGGCCGGGAUCAUGUACCUUUGAUGAAAUCAAGAAUGCUGGUGAAAGAGUCGGAUGUCUACCUUUGAAUUUCGUGGUUGCGAAAACACGAGUUCCUUAACUGCGUUUCAUAGAAAUAAAUUAGAUUCUAUUCCCUUAUAUAUACUGAAAGGAAAAACAAAUUAGAAAUCGUCAGGGUUACGGGAAAUAAAGAUGUGUUAUUAAGUAUAAUAAUGGUGUUAUUGAAAGGCAGGGAACAACUCCGUCGUCUGUGAACAUUUUAUCCAUAUACGUUAAGUACUCUCGUCAAAGUUCAUGUUGGAUCAGACCUCGCCUUGAUAGAACAAUUACGGGGCGAGCUGGGAAAAAAAGGAUAAAACGCAGGCCGAACCUUCAAACCACUAAUUGGCUCAGUUGACGUUGCGGUUGAUCAACUUAAUUAAACAAAAAAGAGUCCGUGCAACCAUUGCAGUUUACGGGCGUCAUACGCGAUAUUGAUGGACCUAGAACGCUACAGGGAUAGCCUGGAUUAACCAGAAAUUUGUUGAGGGUACUAAAUGUACACGGAGCAUUACUUUCUAUAACAUAUUUUCAUUUACCAUCGCGACAAUGUCUACACUAGUGUGAUUUAUGGUUUGUUUAUUAUACUAUUUGCUGUGGUUUGCUUUUUGAACAAUUCCAAAGUGAUGUCGAUUUAUUGUCAUAGAAUGAUGCUUCAAAACUAAAAUUAAUAUGUGCAUAUCUAUAUUUGCUAAUGUAUUUCAGCUCUUUAAACGCAAUAAGGUUAUGUCAGGAAUGUCGUUCCAUGUUUUAAGGGAAUUUGUGUCUAACUUUUCCUCAAAAUAACAUCAUGAAAGGAGAAACCUAAGAUAAAGGAGAGAAGAUUGAGGGAACCACCGUGUAUUAAUUAGGGAACCAGCUAUUUCUUCUUGGUUUUCGUUUGCUUUUGUAUUGUUUAACGUCUAAUCAACAUUUAUGGUCAUUUAAAGAUGUGUGCGAGAUGCAUGCGUUUGGUGAGUUUGUGCUUUUUGUGUGAUGCUGCAGGUUGCUCAUGUUUGCGACCAUGUGACAGCGCGGAAUGAUAACAAACUUCAAAUGUCAAAAUCCAAGAUGUCUGCCUAUCGGCCAUUUUCUUUUUACGAUCAAUCUUAGAAUUAAGAAGAAACAAUUAAGAGGAAAUAACUAAUCAAAUUUCAGAAAGAUCAUUCAAUUGUCAAAAUACAGGAUGGCCGCCUGUCGAGCAUUUUGUUUUCCUAAUCAGAUCUAACAUUAAUUGUGAAUUCUGAGAAAUAUCCUUCCAGUACUUCUCAAGAAAUAGUGAUAACAAACUUCAAUUGUCGAAAUCCAAGAUGGCCGUCUGGUGGGAAUACUUUUUAACAGGAUCAGAUUAAAAUACCAAAUGUGCUUAAUCAGGGCCCAGGGGAAACCGCAUGUGAAGUUUGAGAAAUAUCCUUCCAGUACUUCCCAAGGAAUAGAGAUUAAAAUCUUCAAUUGUUAAAAUUUAGGAUGGCUGCCUGUCACCCAUUUUGUUUUCAAAAUGAUAUGGACACAGAUAUGGACAAAGGGAAACAUACACGUGAAGGUUCAGCAAUAUCUUUCCAGUACUAUGUGAGAAAUAGCGAUAACAAACUUCAACUGUCGAAAUAAAAGAUUGCCGGUUUGCGUU